AUGAGAGGCUCUGCGCAAACCUCUGAACACACUGAGCGGAUGCACGGCGCGCGUGAUGCGCUGCGAGCCGUGCAAGUGAUGCUCGGCGCAUCACCUCAUCGGUAUAACGCCGAGCGGAUGCACGGCGCGCGUGAUGCGCUGCGAGCCGUGCAAGUGAUGCUCGGCGCAUCACCUCAUCUUGAUAACGCCGAGCGGAUGCAAGGCGCGCGUGAUGCGCUGCGAGCCGUGCAAGUGAUGCUCGGCGCAUCACCUCAUCGGUAUAACGCCGAGCGGACGCACGGCGCGCGUGAUGCGCUGCGAGCCGUGCAAGUGAUGCUCGGCGCAUCACCUCAUCGGUAUAACGCCGAGCGGAUGCACGGCGCGCGUGAUGCGCUGCGAGCCGUGCAAGUGAUGCUCGGCGCAUCACCUCAUCGGUAUAACGCCGAGCGGAUGCAAGGCGCGCGUGAUGCGCUGCGAGCCGUGCAAGUGAUGCUCGGCGCAUCACCUCAUCGGUAUAACGCCGAGCGGAUGCACGGCGCGCGUGAUGCGCUGCGAGCCGUGCAAGUGAUGCUCGGCGCAUCACCUCAUCGGUAUAACGCCGAGCGGAUGCACGGCGUGCGUGAUGCGCUGCGAGCCGUGCAAGUGAUGCUCGGCGCAUCACCUCAUCUUGAUAACGCCGAGCGGAUGCAAGGCGCGCGUGAUGCGCUGCGAGCCGUGCAAGUGAUGCUCGGCGCAUCACCUCAUCGGUAUAACGCCGAGCGGAUGCACGGCGCGCGUGAUGCGCUGCGAGCCGUGCAAGUGAUGCUCGGCGCAUCACCUCAUCUUGAUAACGCCGAGCGGAUGCAAGGCGCGCGUGAUGCGCUGCGAGCCGUGCAAGUGAUGCUCGGCGCAUCACCUCAUCGGUAUAACGCCGAGCGGAUGCACGGCGCGUGUGAUGCGCUGCGAGCCGUGCAAGUGAUGCUCGGCGCAUCACCUCAUCGGUAUAACGCCGAGCGGAUGCAAGGCGCGCGUGAUGCGCUGCGAGCCGUGCAACGGAUGCACGGCGCGCGUGAUGCGCUGCGAGCCGUGCAAGUGAUGCUCGGCGCAUCACCUCAUCUUGAUAACGCCGAGCGGAUGCAAGGCGCGCGUGAUGCGCUGCGAGCCGUGCAAGUGAUGCUCGGCGCAUCACCUCAUCGGUAUAACGCCGAGCGGAUGCACGGCGCGCGUGAUGCGCUGCGAGCCGUGCAAGUGAUGCUCGGCGCAUCACCUCAUCGGUAUAACGCCGAGCGGAUGCACGGCGCGCGUGAUGCGCUGCGAGCCGUGCAAGUGAUGCUCGGCGCAUCACCUCAUCAGUAUAACGCCGAGCGGAUGCACGGCGCGCGUGAUGCGCUGCGAGCCGUGCAAGUGAUGCUCGGCGCAUCACCUCAUCGGUAUAACGCCGAGCGGAUGCACGGCGCGCGUGAUGCGCUGCGAGCCGUGCAAGUGAUGCUCGGCGCAUCACCUCAUCGGUAUAACGCCGAGCGGAUGCACGGCGCGCGUGAUGCGCUGCGAGCCGUGCAAGUGAUGCUCGGCGCAUCACCUCAUCGGUAUAACACCGAGCGGAUGCACGGCGCGCGUGAUGCGCUGCGAGCCGUGCAAGUGAUGCUCGGCGCAUCACCUCAUCGGUAUAACGCACUUGAGUUUCAUCUGCCAACAUCGCACUCUCUCCCGUCAUUCUCUCUCCCUGCUGUUACUCUCUUUCUCGUCAUUCGCAUUCCCUGCCGUUCCUUCCAUCUCCCUGCCCCUGUUUCCUUCUCACUCUGCCGUCAUUCGCAUUCCCUGCCGUUCCUUCCAUCUCCCUGCCCCUGUUUCCUUCUCACUCUGCCGUCAUUCGCCCUCCCUGCCCUUCCUUCCCUCUCCCUGCCUCUGUUUCCUCCUCUCUCUGCCGUCAUUUCAUCUCCCUGCCAUUCCUUACAUCUCUCUGCCCCUGCAACCUUCUCACUCUGCCGUCAUUCGCCCUCCCUGCCCUUCCUUCCCUCUCCCUGCCUCGGUUUCCUCCUCUCUCUGCCGUCAUUUCAUCUCCCUGCCAUUCCUUACAUCUCUCUGCCCCUGUUCCCCUCUCUCUCUGCCGCCAUUCCCUCUCCCUACCUUUCCCUACCACUAUUCUUUGUUUGA